CUUUCUAGUUUCUAGUAGGAUUCGCUUCUUCAGUAUGCUACUGACUGCGGUGAGAGAUGGUUGUGUUCCGUAGUGACGUUCGUAUGGUGUUCAAGUAUUCAUGAAGUUUUGUGACUUUCGCAUCGACAUAGAAAUUAUGUCGACUCAAAAUGGGUAAUUUACUAAUGUUAGUGAAGUUUAGUGUAGUACUUCUUUUCUAUACUCUGGAUUAUACACGGGCUGACAACGAAUUACAAGAAUGUAUUGAAGGAGAAGGUGGCUGCAAGAGAUGUAGAGAUAGAAUAUGUGCAAGAUGUGCAGUUCUUUUACAUCAAGGUACUUGUGUUGAUACUUGUCCACCAGGCCAUAUUGCAGAUUGGUCAACUAGAGAUGAAUAUAUGGGAAGAAUUUGUAAAGAAACGGGGUAUAUGUUUGGAUUUACUGGAAGUCAAGUAGCCAUUUUGGUAGGAGUUGUUUCUGGCGCAACUAUAUGUAUUCUGAUAAUAUUAUGUGGAGCUAUAAUUGUACAUAGAAGGAAAAAAAAAACUGCUAAAUUAAUUCAGCAGUUUGAAGACAGCGCAGAGAGAAGAGAAUUUUUAAAACAUCUUGCAAUGCUUAGAGGAGAAGGUAACACGUUUCUUUCCAUGCUCAAUGAUACUAGGAGACAAGUUAGAGAAUUAUACUAUUCUGGAAAUAAUGGAGAUGGUGCUGUUGGAAUACAAGCUUAUAGACCAGUUUUACGUGAUUUGGCAAGGAUACUAGUUCUUAUUAAUAAGAGAGAUGAUGAAAUACCUGUUCCUCCAGAUGAUUGGCAAAGACUUUUUUCAUGGGCCGAGAGAUUAUUAAGACGAUAUAAAAGGCACAGCUCACCCGAAGUGGCUCAACUUGUAACAUUUUUGCAACAACCGACAACAUCCGUCCAAAUGAAUUCAUCACAACAAGUAACAAUCACACAAUCACCUCAGCCUUAUGAACCAAGAACCACUCCAACCAAUCUAACUACAUUCCAAUCAAAUGUACCACUUUCAACAUUUCAAGCAAGCGACAAAUCAAGUAUCAGUCCUGCAAGUUCCAGUCUUGGAUAUGUAAAAGAUAGUCCUGUGAGCUCCAGUCUUGGACAAAAUAGUUCCGGAGUUUAUAAUGAGAAACUUAGUCCAAAUGGAUCUAGUAUAGGACAAACAACUCCAUUAGUAUAUGAUAACCAAAAACGACUGAAACCUUCGAAUACACAUUUUCAAGAACUUGCCAUUGCCACUUUUAAUCAUAAUUACAAUACUGGUGCAGCAUUAACAGAAUCUGCUUGUGCAAUAGAUGAAUGCGAGGCAAAUGGACUCGAUCGUGAAUUAAAUCCUCAGUGGGAAUUUCAAAGUAGUACAGAGGCUGCUAAUUAUACUAUUUUAUCUGACUGGUCACCUGCUCGUGAAUACCUCAUUGAUGAUUUUACAAUUCUCGGAUUCCGACCACAAGAUGAAAUUACUACAGAACUGUAAUAUACUAUAAUAUACAUACUUUAUACAUUUCUUUAUAGUAUUUGCUCAUAAAGAUAUAUUUUCUAUUUAUAAAAAAUACAUAUUCC